AUGAACAACAGCCUAGAAGAAACACUCAAGAAGCGUCGAGAAGAAGUCUUGCAAAAGCGUCAAGCCGAUCAGGACAAAAUCACUUCGCUUCAGUCAGAGAUACAAAAACACAUCAGCAAGCUUCCAAGACGUCCAAAACAAUCACAUGAAUCACUUGACAGAAAAAUAGUGGAAUUGGAAAAGAAACGAACCAUCACCAGCAUGCCGUUGGCUGAAGAACGCGAAAUCUUAAAGGAAAUCAGCUAUACAAAGAAGCAAAAACUACAGCUAGAUGAAUACAAUGCCAUCGACAAGCAACUUGCAGAAAAGAGGGCUACCAUCACCAAUCUUCGAGAUGGACUAAAAGUACACACCGUCAGUCUUGGAGAAAUUGAUUCGGCAUUGGCCAAAGUACGACUAGCGACCAAAUUGGAAUGCAAAACCCAGGAUCUCGUCACGUCGGAAUUCGAUUGUCCGCAGGACAAGCUGGGUGUGGUUAUUGGAAAGGGUGGUAGCAUGAUCAAGAAGAUAGAAGCUGCUACCAAAGUUAGUUUGGAUGUGAAUAAGGAUACCAAUAAGAUUACCAUCGAGGGAAGUCCGAUGUCGAUUGUUUCCGCAAGUGCCGAAAUUGACAAGUUGAUCCGAAAAGAAGCCGAAUCGGUCGACGUGCCCAAACGACUCUUGGGAUAUCUUGGAGAGAAACAUAUUCCUAUCAUGAAAGAAUUGAGAGCGGCAAACGAAGACGUCACCAUUGAUAUGGUUCGUAGUUCUGGGAAAGUGAAUGUGAUCGGUCUGCCAGAGAGAAUUGAGGAGAUUAAGAAAUCCAUUCUACAACUCAAUGUUAUCACCAAAGAACGCACAUUACUACCAAAUGAAUUGCCAGUUAUCAUCGGUAAGAAGGGAUCCACAAUUAGCGAAUUGGUCAUUAAGCACGAGGUUUCCAUGGAUAUCGAGAAAUCUGGUACUUCUACUACCGCCUUUGUAACGGGACCACCCGAACUUGUGAACUCCACCUUGGCCGAUAUUGACACAAUGAUCAAAGAAAAUGAAGAAAUUUCAGAUCCAAUCCACGUGGAGCUCAUUUUCAAAAAGAUUUUCUUACACCAGUCUGGAAAGAUCAUCAAGGGACUCCAAAAGGAGGUCAACGAAGCUCUCAAGGAAGGAGCAGAAGGUAUUCCUGCAUCCUGCAUAAUAAACUUUGAUCCGAAACAUCCUGAUAAGAAUGAUGCCAUUCUGAUUGUGAAGGCGAGACGGUCCGUUUUGGAGAAGGCUUCGGAACUCACCAAGACCGGGUUGGAGAAAUUCAAAGAUUUGGUCAUCAAAAUGUCUGCGGACCCAUACAUUGUCCCUCGAAUCAUCGGAAAGAAUGGUGAGAUCAUCAAGAAGUUGACCAAUGGCAAGCCAUGCUUUAUGGAAGUCAGUCGUACUUCUGGCGAGGUGGUCCUCGGUGCUACCAAUGCCACUGAUUUGGAGAAUCUCAAGAAGGAAGUUGAUAAAUUGAUGGAGAAGAAUGCACUCCUCCGAAUAGAUGCUACCAAUCCGGAUAUGAUGAUGACACAAGUUCGUGAAUUCAAUCGCUCGAAAGUCAAAAAUGAAAUGUUGGCACUGGCCAACGUGGAUGUUGAUACAAAGCAAAAGUGUUUCAUUCUACGCGGUGAAAAAGAAAAGUUGCCAGAAGCCAAGAAAAUGUUCGAAGAUUACUUGGCAAAGACUUAUAUUGACGAGUUAUCUAUCACUGGUAAUGAUUUAGCAGACCUGCUAAAUGGAGGCAAAGGCAGCAUGCUUGUCCGCCUGUCGAACGAAAUGAAUGCGGUUUUGAGAGCUGACAGAGACCGUAAAUUGGUAAUUAUACGUGGAGAGGAAAGUGCUGUGAAGGAUGCCAAAAUUCGCCUCGACCAAUUUUUGCACGGUGGAAAUGGUCACAGUGUGGCUCGGGUGGUAGUCACUCCGAGCAUUGUGGGGGGAAUCAUUGGAAAGGGUGGAAAAAAUCGCCAGCAGCUGGAAACGAAGUUUGGUGUCACAGUCCAAAUCUCAGAUUCUAAUGUCGUGGCAAUUCGUGGCCCAGAAGAAAAAGUAGCAGAGUGCAAAAUUGAAGUGCUCAAGAUGGUUGCAACUGCUCGGGUCACUCAAACUGUACCAGUCGACGACGAUCAAAAGAAGAAACUCGAGCAAAACAAUACAAUUCGACGCAUCAUCAGGGAGACUGCAACACUGGUUACAGUUGCAGAUGGCAAUGCGUCAAUCCGUGGCUACUUUUAUGACGUCAAUGAUGCUGUUGCGAUGCUUCAUGAACAGCUGAAGGGUGAAUACAAGAGUCUGAUCGAGCUUGAUUCUUCCCAGUUUUCACGAGUUAAUGCAUCAGCUCGUGAUGCGUCCCAUUUUGACCGCAUUCAGGCAGAAACAAGCGCAUCAGUAGCCAUCGAUUCCGACAGUGGAUCAAUUCUUGUGAGCGGAAAGCGUAGUAAUGUCAAAAAGGCGAAGGAGCAAGUCUUUGGAUUCUUGAGUUUUGUGCUCCCUGGAGAAGUCGAAAAAGUAAAGAUUUUGGACCCAUUGCAAGCCUCAGUUGGGAAAGCUGCUUCUCUUGCUGAGAUUGCAGCACUGGUGGGCGGUGCUACAAUUUAUUUGGACAGGGACAUGGGUGCCAUUGUCGUGAGGGCAUCCGAUCGGGACAUGCUCAAUCGUGCCAAGGAGCUGAUUCAAGCGAAGGUCAAGGAGGCAGAAAAGCUAGUGUAUGUCUUACAGUUGGAGCCAGCCGACGCUUGGAUCAUUAACCAAAUUAUGGGAAAGAAUGGAAGUCAAAUACAGUCUCUGCAAAAAUCAUUGGGUUGCACUAUUGAUGUUUCAAGAGAAAAGCGAACGCUCACUGGUCGAGGGGAAUCAGAGGAAAAGAUAUCGGCAUUGCGGGCGUCCUUGUCGGAAAUUGUUGACAAAGCAAAGAGAGAAAACGCUUUAAUUGUCUUCCCAGAAGCUGCAAUCGGUGCUUUCAUGGGCAAGGGAGCCAAAAAUCUCAAGGAGUUCUCAAAAACUCAUGAGGUUGAACUCUUGCGAUUGCAGAAAGGAAAAUACCAAUUCCGAAUGAAUGGUGAAGAAGACAAGGUUGCGGCUGCCCAGAAAGCGAUAGCUGACUGGCUAGUAGACUGGGAAGACAAUCGAGCUACUAUCCAAAUUUCCAUAGAGGACCAAAUCAUUCCAGCUGUGCUUGGACCAAAGGGUGCAACACUGAAGUCCAUUGAAUCCGAGUUUGAAUGCCGCAUCGAUAUUAAUCGUGACGCGUCGACGCUGACAAUUCGGAGCGGAACGAAAGCUAGCAGACAAGGUGCCCUCGAAAAGGUGGAGUACAUCGUCGAGAAAGAGACAGAAGCACGAGCUGAAGCAUUGGUCCGUAAUAAAGAGCGCGAGGCAGCAAAUGCUGCCAAAGCUGAGAAGAACGAAGGAAAAAAUCAUAAAAAAGUGGGUGGGACUUCUGCAAUAGAUACGAGGGACGAACGCCGCCACUAUGUCUUUCCGACCGUUCCAGUUGGAGUGAAGGCGCCAGCUUCGAAGAAAAAGAAUGGAAAAGGAAACACCACUGCUGCAGGAGCAACUGCAACUGCUACUGGUCUGUCUCUCUUUCAAAUGCUAGCCGCAGACCCAGUUCCUUCGGGGGAACAGUAA